AUGUCGUUUGCCCAUCCUAUUGGAAUUAAGGAAUUAAAGGAAACAAUUGACAACUGGGACUUCAUAGAACUAAAAAGCUUCUGUUCCACUAAGAAACAAUCAAGGACACUGUUCUUGCUGCUGAUGCUCAUAGUCCGGAGGGAGAACAUGACCUCUGCUAUGAAGGUUAAAAUGUUGAAUGUCUCCUACCACUCACCCUUUGGGGAAAUGUUGGAUCAGGCAAUCAAGUCAUCCCAGUAUAUGAAUCGCCGAAUUUCAGAACUGUCCACUCACUUUAAUAGAUUUUAUGCCAGCGGUCGGGGGUUUAACAACAAGAUCACUAGAUGCCACACUUCUUCCCUCUCUAGGCCAGAAAACAAGGAGCAAGCCCAAAAUACUGAAUCGGAAGUCCUACUGAAGUUGGCACACAGUCUAUUGCAAUCCUGGGUCAACCCUCUGCACCAUCUGUGGGUUGAAAUGGGUGACAAGCUGGGAUACACUCCCCCUUACCUCACAAAAGCCUUGGAGAUUAAGGCUAUAAACAGAAAUCUCCUUGGGGCCAUGAAGAAGAUCAUCAGCAAUGCUAAUUUUGCACUUGAAGAAAAGGUGGACGCCCCUGCCUGGUCUGAAUUGGCAUCUUUGAAGUCAACCAAUAGAAACACUAGAUAUUUUGCCUUUUAUAACCUGUUUCACUGCUUGGGAAGAGACUCAAAUGAUGUGGAAAUGUAUCUGAAGCUCUUGAAGUGCCGAAUGGUCCAAAGCAACUGCUAACAGCACAUCCUUUCCUUCUGCCUCGGUGACAG